AGGGACGCAGAGGCCAGCGAGGCCGGGAGCAGAGCGGCACGUGUCUCGAGAGCACCUCGCGGAUUUCCGGUUGGGCCCAACUUCCGGCCGCCCAAGAUGAGCACCAUGUUCGCCGACACCGUCCUCAUCGUCUUCAUCUCGGUGUGCACGGCGCUGCUGGCCGAGGGUGAGGGGAGCCCCGGGCCGGGCGAGGGUGUUGCGGGGCGGGCGGGGUGGGCUCGCGGGUGGCUUCUCCAGGCGAGAAGCGUCUGCUCGAGCCUCCCUGGGAGAGACUAGCCGGCAGCCGUGGGGCGGCAGAGGCAGCGGAGCUCUCCCCAUUCUGUAGGGAUAGACAAAGGGAUCCACCUAAAUUUCCUCGUCGUUCUGAAAGGCACAGGAAUCUCGCCGCCCCACCUCGGCAACAGCCUCGCAACAUGCUUUGAAUUCCUCAAGUUGGAAUUUCCAAAUACUAUAAAAAAAUCCUGCCAGGGAGGGAGCUGAGUUGCCCAUGAGCAGGGGGGCAGCUGCAUCAAGUAAAUCAAGAAAAAUACUUAACCAACUUAGGUUCUGCCCCUUCCCAACAUGAAGCCUGUCUCCCCACCCCCAAUGAAUCCUCGCUAUAACCAUGGAGUUGCAGCACUUCACCUUCAGGAGUGGAUUAAGCCAUCCUAGAAUCAUAGAGUUGGAAGAGACCACAAGGGCCAUCGAGUCCAACCCCCUGCCAAGCAGGAAACACCAUCAGAGCACUCCUGACAUAUGGUUGUCAAGCCUCUGCUUAAAGACCUCCAAAGAAGGAGACUCCACCACACUCCUUGGCAGCAAAUUCCACUGUCAAACAGCUCUUACUGUCAGGAAGUUCUUCCUAAUGUUUAGGUGGAAUCUUCUUUCUUGUAGUUUGGAUCCAUUGCUCCGUGUCCGCUUCUCUGGAGCAGCAGAAAACAACCUUUCUCCCUCCUUUAUGUGACAUCCUUUUAUAUACAGUGGUGCCUCGCAAGACGAAAUUAAUCCGUUCCGUGAGUGUCUUCGUCUAGCGGUUUUUUCGUCUUGCGAAGCAACCCUAUUAGCGGAUUAGCGCUAUUAGCGGUUUAGCGGCUCUUAAAGGCUUAGCGGAUUAGCGGAUUAGCUGCUAAAAGGCUAUUAAAGGCUUAGCGGCUUAGAUAAAGGGGGGGGGGAGUGGGAAAAAAUCUCAAGACUCGCAAGACAUUUUCGUCUUGCGAAGCAAGCCCAUAGGGAAAUUCGUCCUGCGAAGCAACUCAAAAACGGAAAACCCUUUCGUCUAGCGGGUUUUCCGUCUUGCGAGGCAUUCGUCUUGCGGGGCACCACUGUAUUUGAACAUGGCUAUCAUAUCACCCCUUAACCUCCUCUUCUCCAGGCUAAACAUGCCCAGCUCCCUUAACCGUUCCUCAUAAGGCAUCGUUUCCAGGCCUUUGACCAUUUUGGUUGCCCUCCUCUGGACACGUUCCAGUUUGUCAGUGUCCUUCUUGAACUGUGGUGCCCAGAACUGGACACAGUACUCCAGGUGAGGUCUGACCAGAGCAGAAUACAGUGGCACUAUUACUUCCCUUGAUCUAGAUGCUAUACUCCUAUUGAUGCAGCCCAGAAUUGCAUUGGCUUUUUAGCUGCUGCGUCACACUGUUGGCUCAUGUCAAGUUUGUGGUCAACCAAGACUCCUAGAUCCUUUUCACAUGUACUGCUCUCAAGCCAGGUGUCACCCAUCUUGUAUUUGUGCCUCUCAUUCCCCCCCCCCCCCAAGUGCAAUACUUUACAUUUCUCCCUGUUAAAAUUCAUCUUGUUUGUUUUUGCCCAGUUCUCUAAUCUGUCAAGGUCGUUUUGAAGUGUGAUCCUGUCCUCUGUCCUCCUAGUAUAUACUAAUUGUGACUUCAUUCUAGAUCCUUAUGUAGCCAAACCAAUGAAUGCCAGUUUGCGCCGGGGGGGGGCAGGGAGAGUUGUGGACUGUCCUUGAAUUCUUUGUCUGUACAGUGGUACCCUGGCUCUCAAACACCUUGGUACACAAACAACUUGGAACCCAAACACUGCAAACCUGGAAAUAAGUGUUCUGGUUUGCGAUCUUCUUACGGAAGCCGGAUGUGCUCCAUUUUGGGUGUUACGCUGAGGUCUGUUUUUGCUAUUUAUAUUGCGUUUUUGUGGCUCUUUUUUGUGACUGUGUGGAACCCAGUUCAGCUACAGAUUGAUGGAUUGUGUGACUGCAGUACAUUAUUGCUUUCAUUUUAUGGAUUAUUAGUCUCGUUAGAUAGUAAAAUUUAUGUUAAAUUGCUGUUUUAGUGGUUGUUUUUAAAAAGUUUGGAAUGGAUUAAUCCAUUUUGCAUUAUUUUCCAUGGGAACGCGUGCCUUGGUUUUGGAACGGACCUCUGGAACGGGUUAAGUUUGAGAACCAAGGUACCACUGUACUGCAGCUACUGUUGCACUAGCACCUGCAAUGGUUACAAUGGUGUCUUCUUGCCAUUCUGUUACUUGGGUGCAGGGAAUGAAGAGACGUGUACACGGCACUUUCAGGAGCAGUGGUGAUGUUGAUGCUUGCAGUCCAACUUAAAAUCCCAGUCUGUUAUUUUCAGAUGCUCCUACUCAUGCACCAAAGCCUGUUUUAAAGCACCAUCAGUAUCUCAAAGUUCAUGUGCUCACAAGACCUACCAUGAUGGGCAAUGGGCUUCAUCUCUCUUGGAAAGUGACAUCAGUUGCUAGGGGCUCCCACCUCUGACUUUGUGAAUGAUGCUUGAGUCAUGCAUGCUGUCACUGGGCUGGUGGAAUCAGUUUGGGAAUAGCUUGUAACUCAUGGUACUGCAGUUGUAGGAAGGAGACCGUAAGCUACUAGGGCUCAAGUUUACUGGGUUUGGAAGUCCUCUGGCAGCCAUGCUGAGCACUUUGUAGAUACAUCGGUUAUUCGGUUUCCUGAUUAUUGUGCUAUUUGUUUCAGGCAUAACAUGGGUGCUAGUUUAUAGAACAGACAAGUACAAGCGGCUGAAAGCAGAAGUGGAGAAGCAGAGUAAAAAAUGUAAGUUCAAAUGCAUGAUGGAGCUUGUCUUGUCCAUCAACACUCCAAUUCUGGGCAAUAUUUCUUUAAAUUGAGCUUAACUGCUUUAUCUUGAAAUAAAUGGAUCCCUCAUCAUGGAUUUGUCUGUAAACCACCCAGAGAAUGCAGUUAUAUGGCUGAUAAAUAAAUAGUCAUGGGCUGUGUAUUAAUGUGAAACACUUCAUGAGCUUUUGUGGCCUAGUGUCUGCUCCAUCAGAUCCAUGAUGUAUUAUUUUAAAUAGGCAUAGAGAUAAAACUUUUAAAAGGGAGUAAAUGUGAGCAGGAAGCUCAGCAAAGCUGGUGUUUAAAAAAAAAAAAAAUCAGUAUUUGUGCUUCAUAAAGCUUAUGUUACAAUAUGAACUCCAUUCUGGAGGCUUUCACUUCUGGACACUUACAGCACCAUCCGAAACAUGUCUGCUCAGAAGUAAGACCCAUUAAUUUCAACACAGCUAAACCAGUAUAGAAUUGAAGCCUUAUAAUAAUAUAAUUUUGGCAAAAAUAAGCAUUUCACCAUUAUUAAUUGCUUUUCAGCUCUUGCUUGCCAUACCCAUUGGUCUGAUUUUUGUUAUAGAGAUUUCUAUGAGGCCUGAGGGUCAAUGGGAAGAGGAACCGUUUUCUUUAUGAAAAAACUCACUGUGUUGUUUUAUCUCUGCAGUGGAAAAGAAAAAGGAAACUAUUACAGAAUCAGCUGGCCGACAGCAGAAAAAGAAAAUAGGUAACAUUGGGGGCUACAUGGUUUGUCAUGUUUCAGUGUUCAGAGUGGGUAGGCCUGGGGGACAGAUCUGGCCCAAUUGCCUUCUCAAUCCGGCCCGCAGAUGGUCCGGGAAUCAGCGUGUUUUUACAUGAGUAGAAUGUGUCCUUUUAUUUAAAAUGCAUCUCUGGGUUAUUUAUGGGGCCUGCCUGGUGUUUUUAUAUGAGUAGAAUGUGUGCUUUUAUUUAAAAUGCAUCUUUGGGGCAUAGGAAUGAGUUCAUUUCCCCCCCCCCCCCAAUAUAGUUCGGCCCCUUCUGAAAAAGUUUGCUGACCCCUAGUUCAGACAGUUUCAUGAGGGAGUGAGGGAAGUGGUUUUCACACACACUCUGUUGAAAAAAAUCAAGUUCCUUCUGUAAAUCAUGCAGUAUGAGAUCAGCUCUUAAACUGUGCUUCCUGAAAACUUGUUAUUAUAUUUAUUUAUUUAUUUAUUUAAUCAAUCAAUCAAUCAAUCAAUCGAGAACAUGUAAUUCAUUACAUUACUCAUUAGAUAGUAAAAUGCAUGUUAAAUUGCUGUUUUAGGGGUUGUUUUUCAUCAUCUGGAACGGAUUAAUCCGUUUUCCAUUACUUUCUAUGGGAAAGCACACCUUGGUUUAAGAACGCUUGGUUUAAGAAUGGACUUCCGGAGCGGAUUAAGUUUGUAAACCAAGGUACCACUGUACUGUAUACAGUUUUGCAUUAUUUGGAUAGUUUGUAUUGAGAAACGCUCUUGAGCUUCCAUGGGGAGGAACAGGAUUGCUACUAUCUGUACUGAAUGUCAGAGCACCUGAAGUGGGUUGGUGACCUUUACAUGCCUCAGACUUUCAGUAUGCCUUUUUGUUGCUGUUUUCCUGCUGUAAGUCCCUUACAACCUUAUUGGGAGCAAGUUCUUGACUUUGUGACCUGCAAUCAUUUGUUUCUCUUUUUCAGAGAGGCAGGAGGAGAAGCUGAAGAACAACAACAGGGAUCUGUCAAUGGUGAGGAAACAGAGCAAAGUGAACCUUUAUUGUAAAUCCCUUUGGGAAAGUGAUUCCUAAAUGAAGAAAGUAAUAAUAAGGAGUAGGAACUGGGGCAGCUUUUCAGAAAAGCAGUGUGUUUAACCUGCAGACAUUACAACUAGGAAGUGAGACCAAAUUCCACUAUCUCUGUGGGAUGCAACACUUAAGAAAUAGAUGAUUGGUAGAAGUGAACUGAAGUGAUGAUGAGUUUAUAUGAAAACUAGGCAACAGCUACCAUAAAGAAAAAGAAAACAAAUCAACAGCUACCAUCAACUAAUGCAACAUUUCACUUUUCCAUUACUAAUGCCUGUGAAGUAUUGUCUGUCAGCCAACUCCACCUGCUUGAUGUUCUUUUAGGCAGUAGAACACCCGUGCUCCUGUCUCUCUCACCUGUUGCACAGAGGCUCCUGCCAGGCUUGGAUUCUGUGCCCAGUUGGCACCACCCUUGGCCACUUGCUGUGCAAUUUACCUCUUCUGCUACAUUAUCUGCUAUUGCAGAUGCUCUUGAAAAAACAUUACUUAUUACUUAUAGUUCCUGGUGUUCAGUUUGUUUUUAUGCUUUUAUUCAAGAUAUUAACAAAAUAUUAAAUUGACCAAAAGAUUAUAUAAUGUUAGUACAAAAUGUCAAUUAAAACCCAGUUUUAAUUGCAUACAUUAUGUAUGUAAUUGCAUGCAUUAAUUAAACAACACUGUUAUGUUAUAUAAGGUAAAGGAACCCCUGACCAUUAGGUCCAGUCGUGACCGACUCGGGGUUGCGGCGCUCAUCUCGCUUUAAUGGCCGAGGGAGCUGGCAUACAGCUUCCGGGUCAUGUGGCCAGCGUGACUAAGCUGCUUCUGGCGAACCAGAGCAGCACAGGGAAACGCCAUUUACCUUCCCGCCAGAGCAGUACCUAUUUAUCUACUUUCACUUUGACGUGCUUUCGAACUGCUAGGUUAGCAGGAGCAGGGACCGAGCAACGGGAGUUCACCCCGUUGCGGGGAUUCGAACCGCCGACCUUCUGAUUGGCAAGUCCUAGGCUCUGUGGUUUAACUCACAGCGCCACCCGUGUCCCAUGUUAUGUUAUAUAAAAAGGUAAAGGUACCCCUGCCCGUACGGGCCAGUCGUGUCCAACUCUAGGGUUGCGUACUCAUCUCGCUCUAGAGGCCGUGAGCCGGCGCCGUCCGAAGACACUUCCGGGUCACGUGGCCAGCGUGAUGAAGCUGCAGCUGGCGAGUCAGCACCAGCGCAGCACACGGAAACGCCGUUUACCUUCCCGCUAUAAAGCGGUCUCUAUUUAUCUACUUGCACUUAAGAGGGCUUUCGAACUGCUAGGUGGGCAGGAGCUGGGACCGAACGACGGGAGCUCACCCCGCCGCGGGGAUUCGAACCGCCGACCAUACGAUCGGCAAGUCCUAGGCACUGAGGUUUUACCAACAGCGCCACCCGCGUCCCAUAACACCCGUUAUGUUAUAUACCGUAUUUUUCGUUCUAUAGGGCACACCGGCCCAUAGGACGCACCUCGUUUUUUGGGGGGGGAAAGAAUAAAAAAAAUUAUUCCCCCCCCCCCCCCCGCGGCUGCCGCCCCAAGCCUCACGUGCUUCGGGCUGCAGGCUACCGCCCCAAGCCUCGCGCGCUCGGCGGGACCUCCUGCCGGGCGCGCAAGGCUUGCAGACACUCGCCCGAAGCACAGGGAGCCCUCCGGAGGGCUCCCGUGCUUCGGGCGACAGGCUGCCGCCCGAGCCUCGCGCGCUCGGCGGGACCUCCUGCCGGGCGCGCAAGGCUUGCAGACACUCGCCCGAGCACGGGGAGCCCUCCGGAGGGCUCACGUGCUUCGGGCGACAGGCUGCUGCCCCAAGCCUCGCGCGCUCGGCGGGACCUCCUGCCGGGCACGCAAGGCUUGCGGACACUCGCCGGGGCUGCAGGCUGCUGCCUGCAAGCCUUGUGAGCCCGCGGGAACUCCCACCGGGCUUGCAAGGCUUGCGGAUAGUUUCCUGAAGCCUGGAGAGCGAGAGGCAUCGGUGCGCACCGAUGCCUCUCGCUCUCCAGGCUUCAGCGAAAGCCUGCAUUCGCUCCAUAGGACGCACACACAUUUCCCCUUCAUUUUUGGAGGGGAAAAAGUGCGUCCUAUGGAGCGAAAAAUACGGUAGUUAACAUCUAAUACAACUAAUAUCUAGCUGUGAUUUCUGCAUUGCAGGGAGUUGGACUGGAUAAAUCUUGGCAUCCUUAACCUAUCAUUUAGUGUACCCAUACCAGUACUGAUGUAUCUAUACCAGUACUGGGGGAAUAAUUGAAGGUUUUAAUGUUUCCUAUACAUUUCUUUAUACCUUCCCUAAUUUGUAUGACAUAAGCAAGUUUCAGAACUUUAAAUAAGGAUCAACACUCAUGUGAUUGGAAUGCUUGGUUUUUGUGCAGACAACAAUGGAAGGUAUUUUUGAGAUCUGGCAGAGAAUCCUAGGAUGACCUUUAUAGACUUGCUGGACCACCCCACCCCCGGAACACCUCUAAAUAGUUGCAUGUGGUGACCAUGGAUUGCUUGGGGAAGUAAGGUGUUCUGUAGGUUGUAGUGAAGUUUGACACUUGAAUUGUACUUGGGCAACUAGUGAAGGAUAGCUUAUUUGAAACUCCUUAAGUGGCUUGCAAUGUUUUGGUUCCCAUUUGCUAACUGUAGGGUUAAGGCAGGCAGCGGUACAAUACCUAUGCAACUACAUGAUGCAUUUAAUUGUAUGUCAUGAAUCCUGACAUCCGUGCCCCAGGUAUGGUGUUGGAAUAUGGAGGAGGAUACGCCAAACGAUGAGCAGUCUACAGUAAAGCACAUCUCCCACCACCACCACCCCUGCCCCCAGUCCUUCCCCUGUGGAAUGGGAGACUGAUGCUAGUUGGUAAACAGUGGGCUCUCGGCAGGAAGAAGGGGCAGGUUACAGGAUGCAGUGGUUCAAAGACUGGGAUUGGGAAACCAGUGCAUGUCAGUGACAGCAGCAUAUUAAGACGGGACACACCUCUUAUGAAGGAAGAAAAACUUCUCAUUGAGACUUAGUAAGCAAUCAUGUUCUGAGCAUGUGCCAACAAAAUGGCCCAGUCUCAUGAAUGCCAAUGCCACAGAUGCAAAAGGUCAGCUCAACAUUUCCUAUUAAUUAGGAACCAAGUGUGAGCUUCAGGAUAAAAGAUGCAAACUCAUAAUAAAAAAGAGCAGGGAAGAUGCAUAAAAUGAGACCAUUACUUGUUUUUUUUUAGAGUCAGCAUCACUGAUAGGUUAGGAGGCAAGCUAUUGGCGACCUUCACUGCUGACCUGAGCCCUUAAAAUAGAAAUAGGGAUGGCUGUUUUGAAUGGAGCCAACCAUAGUUAGACAAUUUAACGAGUGCUAAUGCUGUGUUAGUUUUGCCAGCCAGUUAAGUUUUUAAAAUCUACUUUGCUUCACUUAGACUGAGAGCAAGUUGGCAUCUGGAAGUCAAGUGCUAGUACAGAGGUCAGCAACCUAAGGCCCAUGGGCCGGAAGCAGCCCAUGAGGGUUGCUUAACCGGCCCAAAAGCCGCCCCCAAACCGAGCUGCCCGCUUGGUGAGUCCCCACGCACUGCUCUAAACCGGCGCAGCACAGCGCAGAGACUCUCUUCCGUGGUUCUGGAAAUCACUUCUACACAUGCCCAGACACCAGAAAUAGUGUCUGCGCAUGUCCACGGCACCGAAAAUCGCUUCUGCGCAGGCGCAAUUUUCUGCGUCUUGGCAUGUGCAGAAGCAAUUUCUGGCACUGCUGACAUGCGCAGAUGCGAUUUCUGGCGUUGCGCUGCACCGGUCCAGCCCACGGAGGAUCUCCACGGGAGUGAUCCGGCCCAUGCCCGGUAAGCCUUGCCAACCCCUGUGCUACUACAUUUCCUGGUCUAACCUUCUAUAGCCUUUGGGCUAAGGACUCCAUAAACAUCCAAUGGCCUCACCAAGGUUGACUAUUUAGUGGCUCCAGAUAAUGCAUAUGCACAUCCCAGUUGAUGCAUCAGUUUUUGUGGGAGGAGACACUGUGGCCAUAGUCACUUCUCCAAUUUUUCCUCUCCAUUGAAUCUGCAUUUGCCAGACACUAAUAUGGGUCCUCAAUUGUUCUUUUGACUGCAGGUUCGCAUGAAGUCCAUGUUUGCAAUUGGUUUUUGUUUCACUGCUCUGAUGGGAAUGUUCAAUUCCAUGUAAGUGGUUACCACUCUUCUUUUCUUUAAGAACUGUUCACAAUGCUCUAUGUUCUCUUCUUCCUUCAGGGUACAGUGAGCCCACAACUUAUGUCGGGGCUACAGUAAGCGCCCAGUGCCAAAACUGUAUAUAGCCAAAACACAUAUGGCAAGUGGGAUUGCCAGAGUUUAUUUCCCACCCACCCCCUUUGUAAUUUUUUAUUUUUUUGCCAUGCGCAUAAAGCUGAAUAUGCUCAAGUUAAAUGCGCAUAAGUUGCAAGUAUACUGUAUAUGUUUUCCAUAGCUCACUGUGCCUUCCUGGGAACUGCAUGGAAUUAGCAUAAAAGGAAACAGUGUUGGUGCAGACAUGGUUGCAGCUGUGCAAUAGCCAUUCUUGCAAGCGGUUGAUGUCAACUGUGUGUGUGUGUGUGUGUGUGUGUGUGUGUGUGUAGGAAUUUAUAUAUAAAGGGGGGUGGAAAGAAGAGGAUAGGAAGCUUAAUUUCCUCUGCAGAGGAGAGUUCGUGUGACCCGAGUCUAUCUAGCCAUACAGUUCUGGUCCUGAACCCCUUCAUUCACUAACUAGCAGGCAUGCAUAGUUAUAUUUGACUGCCAUCUCCCACAAACUGAGUUGUGUAUGUGUGACAUAGGACCUGUGGAAGAUCACAGAGCUAUUUUCAUGAUUGCAGGGGAAAGUUGCAGUUUUCCAAAUAAUGGAAGUAGCCACUGUGACUUCCCAUUAAUUCCCAUGCCAUACACUCAUAAGCUGUCUGUCUGCACUGGCUCUUGAAUUUCAGCUCAGACUCCAGCAAGAUUUUUGGUCAAACAUAUGCAUCUCUCUAUUUGCAGUGAACUUCAAUCUUCUACUUUUAUCCCAAAUAUUCAGUGUUACGGUUCUAGCAGAAAUUAGCUGAGAGCUCCUCACACUAGCAAUAUGGAUUCUCAUUGGUAAUUUUGGUAUCUUUUCAUAGUAGAAAAGGUGCUUUUCAAUUCUCAUUUAUCUCCCCAUCAUUUCUGUGAGAUGAGCUAGGCUGAGAUCAAGUAAUCUGGUCAGGCUACUCAGUGAGCUUUAUUAAGAAAGACCUUGACUUUGAGAUGCUGGACUAGAUUUUGGUCUGUUCCAGCAGGGUAUUUCUUACAUUAUAUUAAAAGUGAGUUUUUGUAAGAACUCUCAAAGUGACAUAGUCAUAUUCAUUUUGAUAAUUAGAUUAAAUUCCUACAUUCAUCUUUCUUCCCUAACAAUGUAAAAGGCAUGGGGCCCAUACCCUGUAGCACUUCCUGAUAUUUUUUCUUUUAGCUGUGUCCAGAAAAGAAGACAGGAACCACAUAGAAUAUCACAACAAUGUCAGAGGGAGAUAAACAUCCGUUCCUAUCUGUUCUGCCAAAAAUUCCUUUACUCUCCAGUUGGCACUUACUGGAAGUGCAGCUCCUUGUAUUGCUAACUCUGCAGGAAGAAACACUCAUUUAAGAGUUUACAGUACCAGAAGCACCUGCUGAAAAUGAGAGAGAGCUUCAUAUAGCAAUGCACUAUAGGACAUGCAGUUGGAAACUAGAGUCCACCAUCUACAUUUGUCCCCACAGUAACCUUGGUUAAGGAGCAUUAUGCACUUCUCUCCCUGCCAGGAGCUUAAAAUACACAAGUUUCUUUUCUCUGUAUAAGUAGAGCCUGGAAGAAACUUUGUUCCCCUUUGGAAACUCAUAAAAUGUUUUCAAAACCCAGUUUGGUUAAUUGAUUUCUGAGAAGUUUGUCCCUUAUUUUACGUACUGUUGCUAUCCUUCUGUUAAAGGAUCUGAACACUGAGUAACGAUAUUGGACCUGAGCGAUCUGAGCUCAGCUCCAAAACACAGUUGUACAGUCUUCAAUCUGUAAAAAAGUUGUACAGCCUUCAAUCUGUAUACCUCAGAGGGCUGGGGCUCUGAAGUACUGAAGUAAACAAAAGGGUUUUUCUUUAUCUCUGUACACCUAAAGAAAUUGUGGUUGCUCUAAUCAGGAGAGGACUAAUCUGCUUUGAACCAAAUACUAUAUAUAGUUAAAUUUGGCGUUUUCACCUGGGAGCUACAAAUUUCCUGUAGUCCUUGUAGUAUUCCAGUGGCUUAAGGUUCCUGGUGGCACACUCUUCACAAUCGGAUUGUUUCUGGGUAAGUUUUACUACAGUCAAAGCUCGGUUCCCGAACGGCUCUGUUUUGGAACAUUUCAGCUCCCAAACACUGAAUACCCAGAAGUAAAUGCUCUGGUUUUCGAACGUUUUUCAGAAACCGAAUGGCUUCUGGGGAGUUUUCUUCUUUUUUCUCCAUUGACUUUGCCAGCUGCCCUUUGAUCCUCGGUUGUCAGAACGUUUCGGAAGUUGAGCGGUCUUCCAGAACAGAUUAUGUUAGACAACUGAGGUUUGACUGUACCAGCAUGUGUUUACAGACUUACAGUGGUACCUCGGGUUACAUACACUUCAGGUUACAGACUCCGCUAACCCUGAAAUAGUACCUUGGGUUAAGAACUUUGCUUCAGGAUGAGAAGAGAAAUCGUGCUCCAGCGGCGUGGCAGCAGCAGGAGGCCCCAUUAGCUAAAGUGGUGCUUCAGGUUAAGAAGAGUUUCAGGUUAAGAACAGACCCCCGGAAUGAAUUAAGUACUUAACCCGAGGUACCACUGUAUUCCAUACUUUGGCACAAACAGCUCUAAGAUCAAACUGUCAGUUCAGUUCAGCAGCUCUUACAAUACCAUAAAUCUGGUACUCUGAGUGAUUUUAGUUAAGAUGGAUUCCUUAGCGUAUUUCCUGGAUAUAGCCAGAAUAUGUCAGUCGGAAACCGUGUCCAGGCGGAAGUCACUGAAAUGUCUGGGAAAAUCCAGACGUAUGGCAACCCAUGUUGGAAGUCUAGAUUUUGGUGAAUUUCCAAAAGCUCAAUGACUUUGUCCCCCCCCCCCCCCAAGAAACAACUUUUGUGUCUCGGUUUUCACUUUUUUGAAAUAUGGCAACCCUCUUCAUGCUAUGCAUUGAAUGUUACACUUUUGGCUUAAAUGCUCCAUCUGCUGCCUUGUUUGGAGAAUGUGAGUCUGGACCACAGACAACUUGUACUGAUAACCAAGUACAUCUGUAUGCUUUUCCCAGAUUUGAUGGCCGAGUAGUUGCCAAGCUCCCCUUUGUGCCACUUUCCUACAUCCAGGGUUUGUCCCAUCGUAAUCUUUUGGGCGAGGAUUAUACAGAUUGUUCCUUCAUCUUCCUCUACAUUCUCUGCACUAUGUCUAUUCGGCAGGUAAGUGCUACUCUGUGGAGGGUUGCCUUAUUCAGAAACUUUGUUGGGAACACCGUGUUUCACAUUUUAUUACUUUUAUCAUAAUUGAUAGAGAGGGCUGGCACAACUACAAUGCUGUGAUAUAAAGAUGCAGCCGUAGCCGCCUUCUCUUCCUCCUUUCCCCUAACUUUCCACCAUUUUGAUACUCAUUCAUAUGAGCUUGAUAUUUUCUCUUGGGCUUAUUAAAUAACCACUCAUUCAGGGGGCACAUGUAUCAAAUAAGAAUUGUCUCCAGAUUAUUGUAAAUGAGUGAGCGCUGCUCUCCCUUAUUUUUGGAGGCCACAAAUGACUAGCGUAAGUAUUUUUGUUUUGACUGUGUUUGUAAGCAUAUCUGAAGUCUCGUAUUAUAAUAAUGGUAUUUCAUGUCCAUGUCCUCAGUAUCCUUGCCUUUGUACUUCCUAUUUUAAAAACAGCCAAAUUCAACUCAGAAAUUGGCAGGACAUGCUUAGCAGUUACAGACUCAUAUAAGAGCAAGUGAUCUUUUACGUAAACUGGUCAUAGGUUCUUAGUGCUGAAAACAAACCAGCAGCCAUUGCAGCUGUUUAAACGGAAGAGUAACAUGGCCUCAAUAACUAGCUCUGGUUAACAGGUGCCUCAUUCUGCAUGGGCUAAAGUUUCACAUGCACCACAGAGGCCGUCCCAUUAGACAUUGCAAUACAGUAACCCCACAAAAUAUGCUGGGGCUACAUUCUGGGGAAAGCGGCAAAAGCCAAAAUCGCAUGUAGUCAAAACACAGUAAGUGCAAGGGUGGGGGGGACGGCCAGUCUUUUUUCCCUGGACUCCCACCCCCUUUUUUGUUUUUUGUAGAAGUGGAUAAAGCUGAAUGCAGGCAAAUUAAACGUGUUAAUGUAUAAACAUUAUAAUAUAUAAUAUAUUAAUAAUAUAUUAAUGUAUAAACAUUAUAAUAUAUUGUUUGGAAUCUGUUGAUGAGUGGAAGUACAUUAGAGAGACAUUGCAGUAUUGCAGAACUGUUGAUUGGAAGAGGGUAGCAGAGAUUUGACUCUUUCACACUUCGGGGAGGAAUGUUUGAGGCCAUUGCACUGGUGAUCUCCAGGAGAUGUGAAUAGCUUAGGUCUCAAUUGAUUUGCCCUUGGAUGUUUUGAUGUUGAGGAAAUGUUUUGAGCCUUGGCUGGGACACUGCUCACUCCUGACUUGAGCUUGAGGUUGCCUGAAAUAUCUCCCUGCAGUAAGCAACUUCCUCUGUGCUGUUUCCAUGUCCCCUUGGCACGUCAAUCCUGCCUUGGAGUUCUUCCUGCUUCCUGCUGAGGGUGUGAAGGGCUGCAUGGAUUGUUUUUCAAGGACCCUUAAGUGGCUGGGAAAGUUGACCAGCAUCUGGACUGGGUGUGAAGAUGUACAUCCUGUCCGUUGUUUGUUCUUCCUCUGCUCACUCCAUGUGACAAUUUGGCUGAUUAAAAUGACUCAAGGCAGAUUGUUCCCAUUUCCUCUUCCAUAACUGAGUUGCCUCUGUUAGCAUGGAUUAAUUUAUGGAACCUUAAAGACUAACCAGUUUUAUUACAACAUAAAUAUUCAUGGACUAGAGCCCAUUCAUCAAAUGCAUACAGGGUGAGAUGCUCUAUUGUCGGGGGAGGGGGUGUCAUACAGAUACAUAUGCAGACAUACCGUGUAAAUGGGGGUUGGGAGAAUUUAAAGUUGGAGUUGAAUGGAGCGCAAAAGUAUAGUCAGAGAUAAUUCAAUUAGAGCUUAACCAUAGGCAAAACUAUCAUUCACAACAGGAGUGGUGGGCAAUGCUGAUAUGAUUGUGUCAAGUGGUAGCAUGAUUAGAUCUUAAGUUUAUGCUAAAGCAGCACAGUGAUGUAUCCCAGAAGCAGUUAUUGGUAAUAGAAUAGUUUUAGCAUUGCUGAGAAAAUUCAAACAUGUAGUGGGACAAGAAAUGGAGUGUUUUGCUUUGUAUGUGUGUGAGUCACUCCAUGCUCCCUCCACUUUGAUCUGUGUUUGGGGUUCCAUGUCACUCUGUAUAAAACAGAGCUCUUGAUCCCUGUUCACCAUAAUGUAGAAUCUAAAAACUGCUGUGAAUUUUGGUCAAAAUGAAUGAAAUUUGCUAUCCCCAAAGUGGAUUAAACAUGCCCAAUUGCAGACGGGACUUUUGUGGCAGAAGUAAAAAGGAUUCACUCUCCUCCAUAAUUUAUUUUAAUUUUAUCUCAACUGGUCUAUCACUGUACAGCUCCCAUUGGAGGUUUGGGAGCAUGUCAUCACAACCCUGGAUUUGCAUAACGUCAGGGUGAAAUUGGGGAGCAAAGACAAGGCUGGUUGCGCAACAGCUGUGGCAUGGGAGCCAGGAAACAGAGAGAGGUUUAACUCUGGUUUUGUUUGUUUGUUUGUUUGUUUGCUUGCAGUAAAAUACAGUUUUCUAAAAACUUCAAAGUUUUUUUAGUUAGUGAAAACCAAUGCUGUGCUCUUCAGUGCUCUGUGGGCAAAGCAUAGAGCUAUUCCAUAUAGAAGAGUACAAAUACAACAAGGCUUUGUGGGGACCCUGUUCCGACUAUGCUGAGAAGACCCCUAAAUCACCCCAGUUGGGCCCUAAACAAUGCACACCCUUGCACGAAAGCAAACCAAUGUGAGUUUGUGUUUUUCUCCUGUUUGCCAGAAUAUUCAGAAGCUGUUGGGUUUGGCUCCUUCUCGAGCUGCCACCAAGCAAGCUGGAGGAUUCCUUGGCCCCCCACCUCAAUCUGGGAAGUUCUCCUGAAAUAAGAGUUGCAUCUCACUAGUCGAAACAUCCUGACUUUACAAGAAACUCUGGAUUGCACAGAAGGCUUCCUGAACAUGUUGCCUAUGUAACUAUCAUACCUUUGUUUUGCAAAGAGAUCAGCACUGAAGCACAUCUUUGGGCUAGAUCUUGUACUUACUACUCUGAGGCAGUGGAGAAAUAUAUUAGUGGAAUUAAAUGGAGUGCUGUUUGAUGAGAAAAGUGUGACUUAGAAGUAAGCAGCAGUAGUAUUCUUUCUUGUGUAAUAACCUUUACCAAAGUGAAAAUAAAACAAAAAUUGUUUUGUC